AUGUUCCGUGCGACCCGCGUCCUCGGCAUGGCCGUCCAGAAGACGACGACGGGCCUCGUGGGCCUCAAGGUGAACCCGAACUGGCGCAACGACCUCAUCCACCUCUACGGCGAGACGCUCAAGGCGACCGCGACGCAUUUGCCCGAGUGCCACUACCGCACGUCGGUGGAGCAGAUCACCAACUUUCGCCUCAAGGUCGUGACGGAAAACACCGAUGAAAACAUUGUCGAGAAGACCGUCAACUGCGGCCAGGUCGAGGAAUUAAUAGAGCAGGCCGAGGACGAGCUGUUCUUGAUCCCCAAGUACGCUGAAUGGCGCUUGUGGGAACCGCCGGUCGCCCCGAAGGACCAGUAA